GGAGCCAGGCUGGUCACGGGGAAGAGAGACCCGCAGAGCGGCUGCUUGUUCCCGGGGCAAGGAAGAGGUUCCGAGGGCGAGAGCCAUGGCUGCGUUCCUGGAGCUGAGCACCAAGGCGAGGAUGCCCCUCUUCGGGCUGGGCACUUGGCAGGCACCUGUUGGAAAAGUAGGAGAAGCCGUUAAAUGCGCCAUUGACCUCGGAUACCGCCACUUCGACUGCGCCCGCUACUACAAGAAUGAGGAUGAGAUUGGGAGUGCCCUCCAGCAGAAAAUCAAGGAAGGGGCUGUGAAACGGGAAGACCUUUUCGUUGUUAGCAAGCUGUGGUGCACUUUCCAUGAGAAGCACUUAGUGAAGGCAUCAUUCCAGGAUUCUCUCUCUGCCCUGAAGCUGGACUACUUGGACCUCUAUCUCAUGCACUUUCCCAUGGGAUUCAAGGCCGGAGAGGAUUUAUCUCCCCGUGAUGAGAAGGGUAUGGUCAUCCCCAGCAGCACGGAUUAUCUGGCCACUUGGGAGGCAAUGGAGGAACUGGUGGAUUGUGGGCUGGUGAAAGCCAUUGGGAUCUCCAAUUUCAACCACGAUCAGAUCGAGAGGCUCUUGCAGAAACCUGGCCUGAAGCACAAGCCCGUCAACCACCAGAUUGAGUGCCACCCGUACCUUACCCAGGAGAAGCUGGUCCACUACUGCCAAUCCAAAGGGAUCUCUGUGACUGCUUACCGACCUUUCGGCGCCCAUACUCUCAAACCGGGGGACCCUAUCCUGUUGGAGGACCCAACAGUUAAAGAGAUUGCUACAAGGCACAAGAAGAGCAUCGCGCAGGUUCUGAUCAGGUUUCACAUCCAGAGGAACGUGGCUGUCAUUCCCAAGUCAGAAAAACCACACCGCCUGGAAGAGAAUUUUAAGGUCUUUGACUUUGAAUUGACUAAAGAAGAGAUGGCGACUCUCCUCGGCUUGAACAAAAAUUGGAGAGAUUGUGUGAUGGCUCAUUGUGUCAAUCACAAAGACUACCCCUUCAAAGCUGAUUACUAAGAACCGAAGCUGCUCUGGAUGUAGAAUUAUUGCCUUUGGGACUCCUGCAUCGUGAAGCUCUAGUGCAGGUACCUAUUCUUAGCCAACCACUUUGGGCCUUUCAUCCGAAAGAAGAGGAGAAAUAUUCAGAGCAAGUGGAAUGAACAACCAGGGAGGACUCCACUGUUGUAAAAAGGCUACCUUCCUCAUCUGUCUCUCCCUCUCGCCCCAUCUACUGAUUGAAGUUGGCCAAGUAUUGAGUGUUGAUCAAGGACCCAGCUAGAGGGUUCUUGUUGACUGUGAUGCUUCUGCAACAUCACUCGCGUUGGGUGAAUCCCCCCUCCCCAGUUCAAUUUGUAAGUGGGUGGGCUUGAGAGAAAAACAGCAUCCAGAGAGCCAUAGCUCCCCCACCUGAUUUUUUUGAACCAGUUUGUGAACAUCACGGGAGAAGGAGUUUUCUUCUCCAGUUCAGAUUAAAAUCUGAGCCAGAGAAGAAUUUUUAGGCCCUAAUGCUUGCCUUACAUUUAAGGUGAGUAUUAUGCACUACCCAGUUGUGCAUUCGGUGCCAAUGAAGUCCUAACACCUUACCUGUUUUGUUACUGAGUGGUGUGUACCUUUUGGAAAGAAUAAAAAUAAUUCCCACACCAACACUUGGGUAACCUGAUUCAUGCCACCUGUUUAAGAUCUUCUGCCCAUUGCAUCCUGUUUAUCCUCAUCCAAUGAACACUGGGAGCAGCCUCUUGCCUGUGACCCUUUCUUGUCAACAGCACAGCAGACCCCAUGGCUACACACAGAAGGGGGCUAAUCACACACACACACACCAUCAGUACCUUAAAUUAUUUAGCAGAGAAGAGAAUACCCAACCACCGGGUAGACAUACUGCAUUUAUUGUGAAUUGCAGGUUCAACAUACUGGUUUUAUUGCAGAUACUUGAAUGUAGAGUCCAAAAAGUGUAUUAAAAACAACAAACCACCACCAAACAGUAACAGGCGGAUCCAAAAGCCAUUCACUGCAUGAUUUCAUUCUGAAAGCCCAAGUGAAAUUCAAUAUGUAAACAAGACGGUUUUAGGGGAAAGCACUGGACCUGUCCUUUGGAUAGUGCCACAUAACCUUAACUUUUAUAAUAAAAACGGCAGAUGGAGGCAACAAAAACAAAAAAGCAGUAACAAGGCAAUAACCGUUCCCAGGCUAUAAUUUGCAUCUGAGAAGUGGGCCAGAAAACCUGAACAACCGUAAACCGAGUUGCCUAUUUUUACUCCACCCGUCUAAUUUAUGGUGUAAAAGCAGAACCGCGUGUGAUAAUGUAAAUUCAAACCUAACUUUUGUCACCCUUGUGGCUAAUAUAUAUACACAAGUCAAAUAAUAUGGUUGUAAGUAAGGAAUUUGGGGAGGAAGCGUUGGGGGCGUGAGCAUCCCCUUCGUCAACACUCCCGCUUCCAAAAUGCACCCAAUGCAGCUGCUGUUCUUUCGGAGAGAACGUCCGUCUGCACAGGGUUCAAUGGAGCCCCCUUCAUCCCCACAACCCAGCUGGCCUUUGACCCUGCAGUACAAAUAACUGGAGCGUUCAGCCGGAGGUGUGCGUAGGCCCUUCUAUGGCACUAGACCUCUGACCAAGGGCCAGGGGGAGGAAGGACAGAGGUGUUGGGUGCAUCUGCAAGUGGCUGGACUAUGCCUAUUUUAAGAGAGACCGAGAUGCAUAGAGACCUGAUAAAGGGCAAAUCUAGCGUGCGGUAAGUUAGAAAUAGUGUGUUGCCAACAAUGUGUAUGCGUUUCUCGUGUGUGUUAAUUACGGUAGUUUUAUAUAAAUUAGCUACAUAGUUUUAUACAAGUGACAUUAUGUUGACGCUUAAUACCCUUUCCACCCCACCCCCUCACUCUUUAAAACUAUACUUUUAAUCACCCAUUAAAAGGCAUCUGAUACUUUCUUUUUAAAAAAAAAUCUAAUAUUUCUCUUGCCACGUGCUUAAUGGCAAUUAUGAAAUCUUAAUAUAAAAAGUGUGUAUUUUUUUGUAAAAAACAAAAAAGUUGUGAUAUUGGCUAGUUAUGUACGUUUAUAACUAAAUAUAGUACUCUAGCGGGUAUUAAAAGCCUUCUACCAUUAGUAGUGCCUUACAGCUAAUUUUUGUAAAGCUAUAUGCAUAUAUUCUAAAAUUGCAAGUAACCAAAAUGACAACAACAAAAA